ACUCCACUGACAGUGACAUGACUUUCAAGCAAAUCAAUCCAAAAUUCGCCUUGGCCGUCCUCUCCACAUCCAUAGGUUCCGUUCAACUCGGCUACCACUACAGCGUCAGCAACAACGCUCACCUGGUCAUUGGAGACUGGAUCGAGCAAAUCAAGAAAAGAAGCUCCAAGAAGCUUCCCUCUGACAAAGACAUCUCGCUAACCUUGUCGAUAAUAACCUCGAUAUUUUUUCUGGGGGGGAUGUUGGGCAGCGGCAUGACUGCCUUCUUUGCCAACAAACUAGGGCCCAAAGGAGGCAUACUUUACAACAACGUCAUCAUGUUGGCCGCAGCCGGUUGCUUCUUCGUUAGCCGACUCAGCGAGUUGUUAGAAAUGUUCAUCGUAGGGAGAUUUAUCGUGGGCGUACAUGUGGGGUUGAAUUCGGGCCUGUGCCCGAUUUAUCUCGCAGAGAUCGCCCCUUUGCGUAUGCGAGGGUCGACGAUAGCGAUAUAUUCGCUCUUUGCUGUGUUCUCUUACAGCCUGUCGCAGAUUUUUUUAACCAAAGAACAGUUUCUCGCCGAAAAGUACUGGUACUACUUUGUGGCAAUGGGCAUCUUGCCUGGGUUUAUGCAAAUAGGAGCGUUGAUAUGGUGUCCAGAGUCGCCGAAUUUUAUUUUCAUUAGAGAGAAAGACGAAGCUAGGACUAGGACAGCGUUCAGGUGGUUGCGAAAUUCUGAAGAUGUACUGGAAGAUAUGAAUAGAUUAAGAGAGUACAAAAGUACGUUGAGCAAACUACCGGAAAUAUCGUUCAAGAAUUUGUUUGCUAAACAGCUGUAUAGAAACCCUUUGAUUAUAGCUUUAGCGAUGGUAGCCACCCAGCAGUGCUCUGCGAUGGAAAUAGUUUUGUAUUAUUCUGACUCAUUGAUGUCUGAUGCUGGCUUCACUUCGUUACAAGUAGACACUACUAACACACUCAUGGCGGUAUUUCUAGUACUGACGACGUGCCUGUGUAUUUUAACGAUUAACGUAAUAGGUCGUCGAAGUUUAUUUCUUAUGAGUCUGUGUGGUUUGGUCAUGAAUACGGUUUUCUUGUUGAUAGUACUCGGACUCUCGCGUGAUCGUGACGUGAAAUUAUAUAGCAACAAUAUAACAGCUAUUGCUUUGGUCGCCCUUACUGCUUCGUACGGUCUAGGUACUGGUGUUAUUCCUGAAGUGGUAACGGUCGAGCUGUUUCACUAUCUAGCACGACCCUUUGCCAAUUCGGUAGCAAUAACCUUCGGAUGGUUAUGUGCCCUUGUAAUUAAUAUAGUAUACAUUCCAGUGAAGCACCACUUGGGAAUCUAUACAUUCUUACUAAACCUCGUGGUGGACUUUCUGCUGUUUGUGUUUAUGCAGUUGUUCCUACCAGAAACUAAUGCGAUGAACUCGAAACAAAUUAUCCAGUUGUUUUAUACUCUAGACGAGGAUAGUAGUCCUGACGUGGAAACAGUAUUAUGAAUUGUACAAGAAAACUGUCUACAAAUAUAAGUACUUGAAAAAUA